CAUUGCUGGCCACUACUACGCCCCCAGAUCUCUCGUCUCUACGUGCUCUUCAUUUGCGGAGACAGUAGUCGAUAGCGAAACAGAGGAAUAGCUCCAGGGUUCAAUCAGAUUUCGGAGAUUGCAUUGCCAUGGCUCUCAAUCUUCGCCAGAAACAAACAGAAUGUAUAACGCGUAUGCUGAAUCUGAACCAACCCAUAAAUGCAACCGGAACUGCAAAUGAAGAGGUGUACAAAAUCUUGAUCUAUGAUAGGUUUUGUCAAAAUGUACUAUCCCCUUUGAUCCACGUCAAGGACCUACGCAAGCAUGGUGUUACACUAUAUUUUCUUAUUGACAAGGACAGAAAACCAGUUCAUGAUGUGCCUGCCUUGUACUUUGUUCAACCCACGCAGAUUAACAUUCAGCGAAUAGUGGCUGAUGCAUCUCGCUCUCUCUAUGAUAGCUUCCACCUCAAUUUUUCGUCUUCUAUACCCCGUCCGUUUCUGGAGGAUCUUGCAUCUGGGACUCUCAAUUCAGAUUCAGUCGAUCGAAUCGCUAAGGUCCAUGAUCAGUAUCUUGAGUUCGUCACGCUAGAGGAUAAUUUGUUUACCUUGGCUCAGAAGUCUUGUUAUGUGCAGUUGAAUGAUCCAUCCGCAGGGGAUCGAGAGAUUGAAGAAAUUAUUGAUAGAAUUGUUAGCGGGUUGUUUUGCAUAUUGGCUACAUUAGCUGUGGUGCCAAUUAUUAGGUGCCCUCGAGGGGGACCAGCUGAAAUGGUGGCAUCAGCAUUGGAUCAGAGGUUGAGGGACCAUCUGUUGUCAAAGAACAAUUUGUUUACAGAGGGUGGAGGUUUUGUGAGCUCCUUUCAAAGGCCAAUUUUGUGCAUAUUUGAUAGGAAUUUCGAGCUAUCAGUUGGGAUACAGCAUGACUUUCGGUAUCGGCCGCUUGUUCAUGAUGUUCUUGGAUUGAAGCUUAAUAGGUUGAGUGUGCCGGGGGAAAAAGGUGGCAUGAGGUCAUAUGAGUUGGAUAGUUCAGAUCCCUUUUGGGUGGCCAAUGGGUCCUUGGAAUUUCCUGAGGUUGCUGUGGAGAUUGAAACGCAGUUGAAUAAAUAUAAGAAAGAUGUUGAUGAGGUAAAUAGGAGGACUGGUGGGACAGAUGGGGCUGAGUUUGAUGGAACGGACUUGAUUGGGAAUACAAAGCAUUUGAUGAAUGCUGUGAAUUCACUGCCUGAGUUGACAGAGAGGAAGCAGGUGAUUGACAAGCACACCAAUAUCGCAACUGUGUUGUUGGGUGAGAUCAAGGAGAGGUCUCUUGAUUCUUAUGCUAAGAAAGAGAAUGACAUGAUAAUCAGAGGGGGUGUUGACCGAAGCGAACUUAUUGCUGUGCUUAAAGGUAAAGGAACAAAUAUUGAUAAGCUGCGGUUUGCAAUUAUGUAUCUGAUAUCUUCUGAAAGCAUUAAUCAGUUGGAAGUUGAAUCAGUGGAGGCAGCUCUCAGGGAGUCUGAGGUUGACAUUAGUGCGUUUCUGUAUGUGAAAAAAAUCAAAUCUUUGAAUGUCUCGCUGGCAUCCGCAAGUUCUGCUAGUAGAAGUAACAUUGUUGAUUGGGCUGAGAAACUUUACGGGCAGUCAAUUAGCGCUGUUACUGCUGGUGUUAAAAACCUCUUGUCUAGUGAUAGACAAUUGGCCUUGACAAGGACUGUGGAAGCGUUGAUGGAGGGAAAGCCAAAUCCAGAAAUUGAUUCUUAUCUCGUGUUUGACCCUCGUGCCCCAAAGUCAAGCUCUGGAGCUGGGAGUAGUCAUCUAAAAGGACCAUUUAAAGAAGCUAUUGUUUUCAUGAUUGGUGGUGGUAAUUAUGUGGAAUAUGGAAGCUUACAAGAGCUUGCCCAGCAUCAACAGCCUGUCAAGCAUGUUACUUACGGGACAACAGAAAUUCUUACUGGCGGAGAGUUCAUUGAGCAGCUUACAGUGUUAGGGCAGAAGAUGGGAUUAGGCAGUGCUGGUGCUCCUUCUGCUUCAACUAAUUAGGGAAAAAUGUUAUGUAUAUGCUCUUUGAACUUGGAUAUGUGAUGGCAUAUUAUGUUUGAUUGCCAUUACAAAGUUUUUCGUCACUCUGAACACUUGGAAAUUGCGUGCAGGGAGUUAUAUAUGAUACAUGCAUGCUGCUUUAAUAGGACUAAAACAUCAGAGAAUUUGUGCUGUUUUUUCAUCUAUCGAUAUGUUUAUUGUUCAGAUUCAAUAAUGUUUUUUUCUUCAUGCUAGCAAUUUAGUCUCAUUUUUUUUGUGAAUGUAAUAUAUAUGAUGGCUGAUUAAAAUUCAAUGAAGCACUAAACCAGGUUAUUGCCUCGAUCUGUUUCA